AUGACUUCCCGAGACCUCAUCGACGCGCAGUUCGACCGGGCAGUGGAGAUAGUGCAGAGUCUUCCCAAGAAUGGGCCAAUUCAGACAGGGUACGAAGAGAAGUUGACUAUGUAUAGCCUGUACAAGCAAGCGACCGUUGGGAAUGUCAAGUCACCACGCCCAGGCAUAUUUGACAUGCUAGGAAGGGCAAAAUGGGAUGCGUGGGCAAAGCACAAGGAUCUCGACCAGUACGAGGCGAAGUGGUUGUAUGUCGAUGCACUCCUGAAGGUGUUGCGCCGAUACUCUGACAAGACCAUCGCUCGGGACUACGUAAGAGAACUCGAGUCGUACGGCGGGGACCCAUCCAACCUCGUAAUGAGCCGUUCCAUGACAAAGACCGCAAGGACCACCUCCUCGGGAUCGAGCGCAUCCGACGAUCAGCCCUCGCCAACUCACUACCCUCCCCAGCUCCAACGCAGCGGCCUCUCCCUCUCCAUCCCUGGAAGUGCGCGUGAGGAAACCACCUCCGAAGAAGAUACUGAUGAUGAAGUGCACGACCGAGUGCCCGCCACGCUGAACGCAUCCUCCGUGUACAACCGCCCGCAAUCCUCACUCUCCUCCCACCGCUACCGCACGCCCAUGGCCGGCUCGCUCGCAAUGUCACCGCCGCCCAUGCAAGCCCCUGGCCCCUCAAUGACUAUACCCGUGACUCAGCCUCAUCCAGGGUUCGAGUCGGUGUCCGCAUUCGAGGGCACACUGUCCCCCGCCCGCAGCCGUCCCCCGUCCACGCACCCUCCCGCUAUGGCCUCUUACCAGAGUCCUUACGCACAGUCCCCGCCCAACAUAUAUCCCUCAGCCGCAAUAUAUUGCGCCCCGUCCGCACACCAGUUCCCGCCAGCAAGGCAGUACAGCUCCGGUCCAGUCCCAGGCCCGGUUCAAAGACAGUCAUUAGAACGCACUGUCGAGAACGUCCAAGCGCACCUAGCUGCCUUGACCGAGCGCUUAGAGACACUCGAAGCCCUCACAGGGCACCCACGACACUCCAGCCAGUCGUUAGCGUCGCGGGUGGCGGGGUCAGGCCGCGGCAGCCCCGACGACGGGCACGACGAGUAUGAUGCGUGGAGUUUCAACUUCAAUCUGGAGGACAUGGGCAUGUGGUCGCUCGUCCUUCGCCCAUUGGCACGAGUGGCUUCUCGCCUCCGACAAUUGGCCAGUUUCCUCGCGCACAGCGAGGGUCACUCGCCGACAUUGAUGGUCAUCCGCCGGCUAUUCUUGGACAUUUCGUUCGUGUUGACCGUGACUGCGGCACUCAUCGCGCUGUGGCAUGCAGUGGUAGGUAGACCGGGACCGCGAGCGAUGGUUGAUAGAGGGGUUUGA